AUGGGUGCCCAGUUCUCCAAGACCGCCGCGAAGGGAGAAGCCACCACGGAGAGGCCCGGGGAGGCGGCUGUGGCCUCGUCGCCUUCUAAAGCGAAUGGGCAGGAAAAUGGCCACGUGAAGGUAAACGGCGACGCUUCUCCCGCGGCCGCCGAGCCCGGCGCCAAGGAGGAGCUGCAGGCCAACGGCAGCGCCCCGGCUGCCGACAAGGAGGAGCCCGCAGCCGCCGGGAGCGGGGCGGCGUCGCCCGCCGCGGCCGAGAAGGAUGAGCCGGCCGCCGCUGCCCCCGACGCCGGGGCCAGCCCCGCGGAGAAGGAGGCCCCCGUGGAGGGCGAGGCCGCCGAGCCCGGCUCACCCACGGCCGCCGAGGGGGAGGCCGCCUCUGCCGCCUCCUCGACGUCUUCGCCGAAGGCUGAGGACGGGGCCACGCCCUCGCCCAGCAACGAGACCCCGAAAAAAAAAAAGAAGCGCUUUUCCUUCAAGAAGUCUUUCAAGCUGAGCGGCUUCUCCUUCAAGAAGAACAAGAAGGAGGCAGGAGAGGGCGGUGAGGCCGAAGGGGCCGCCGGCGCCUCCGCCGAGGGCGGCAAGGACGAGGCCUCUGGGGGCGCCGCUGCGGCCGCCGGCGAGGCGGGUGCGGCCCCCGGGGAGCCGGCAGCGGCGCCAGGCGAGGAGGCGGCCGCGGGCGAGGAGGGGGCGGCGGGGGGCGACCCGCAGGAGGCCAAGCCCGAGGAGGCUGCCGUUGCGCCCGAGAAGCCGCCCGCCAGCGAGGAGGCGAAGGCCGUCGAGGAGCCCAGCAAGGCCGAGGAGAAGGCAGAAGAGGCCGGGGCCAGCGCGGCCGGCUGCGAGGCGCCCUCGGCCGCCGGGCCCGGCGUGCCCCCAGAGCAGGAGGCGGCCCCCGCGGAGGAGGCGGCGGCCGCCCCGGCGUCGUCAGCCUGCGCAGCCCCCUCACAGGAGGCCCAGCCCGAGUGCAGUCCGGAAGCGCCCCCAGCGGAGGCAGCAGAGUAA